AUGAUUGAAGUGCUCACUGAAAUUUGUGGCGAUGACAGUGUGGCUAAUGAAGGCAUUCCUGAAGUACUCACUGAAGUUUGUGGAGGUGCCGUCCACAUAGUGGUUGUUGACGGCAUCACUAAACCCGUCACGGAAGUUUGUUGCCAUGAUAUUGUAGAUAACGCGGGUAUUAUUGAACUAGUCGCUGAAGUUUGUGGCGGUGACACUGUGGUUGCUGACGGAUUUCCCGUGUUCGUCAUGGAACUUUGUACCGAUGACAUUGUGGCUGAUGAAGGCAUUCCUGAACUGCUCACUGAAGUCUGUGGGACUGACAUAUUGGUCGUUGACGGCAUUAUUGAACCCGUCACGGUAGUUUGUUGCGAUGAUAUUGUAGAUGAAGCGGGCAUUAUUGAACUGCUCACUGAAAUUUGUUGCGAUGAUAGUGUGGCUAAUGAAGGCAUUCCUGAACUGCUCACUGAAGUUUGUGGGAGUGAAAUUGUGGUUGCUGACGGAUUUCCUGUGUUCGUCAUUGAACUUUGUACCGAUGACAUUGUGGCUGAUGAAGGCAUUCCUGAACUACUCACUGAAGUUUGUGGGAGUGACAUUGUGGUUGUUGACGGCAUUAUUGAACCUGUCACGGUAGUUUGUUGCGGUGAUAUUGUAGAUGAAGCGGGCAUUAUUGAACUAGUCGCUGCAGUUUGUGGUGGUGACAUUGUGGUUGCUGACGGAUUUCCCGUGUUCGUCAUUGAACUUUGUACCGAUGACAUUGUGGCUGAUGAAGGCAUUCCUGAACUGCUCACUGAAGUUUGUGGGAGUGAAAUUGUGGUUGCUGACGGAUUUCCUGUGUUCGUCAUUGAACUUUGUACGGAUGACAUUGUGGCUGAUGAAGGCAUUCCUGAACUGCUCACUGAAGUUUGUGGGAGUGACAUUGUGGUUGUUGACGGCAUUAUUGAACCUGUCACGGUAGUUUGUUGCGGUGAUAUUGUAGAUGAAGCGGGCAUUAUUGAACUAGUCGCUGAAGUUUGUGGCGGUGACAUUGUGGUUGCUGACGGAUUUCCCGUGUUCGUCAUGGAACUUUGUACCGAUGAGAUUGUGGCUGAUGAAGGCAUUCCUAAACUGCUCACUGAAGUUUGUGGGAGUGAAAUUGUGGUUGCUGACGGAUUUCCUGUGUUCGUCAUUGAACUUUGUACCGAUGACAUUGUGGCUGAUGAAGGCAUUCCUGAACUACUCACUGAAGUUUGUGGGAGUGACAUUGUGGUUGUUGACGGCAUUAUUGAACCUGUCACGGUAGUUUGUUGCGAUGAUAUUGUAGAUGAAGCGGGCAUUAUUGAACUGCUCACUGAAAUUUGUUGCGAUGAUAGUGUGGUUGCUGACGGAUUUCCUGUGUUCGUCAUUGAACUUUGUACCGAUGACAUUGUGACUGAGGACGACAUUACUGAGUUACUCACUGAACUUUGUACCGUUGACACUGUUGCUGAUGCAGGCAUUGUGGAGGCUGCCGUUGAACUUUGUUGUGGAGAUAUUGUUGCUGACGAAGGCAUAAUUGAACUGCUCACUGAGGUUUGUGCCGGUGUUGCUGAUGUCCACAGUAUAGAAACGCCGGGAGAACUUUGUAGCGUUGACAUUGUGGUCGAUGAUGGCAGCAGUGAACUGCUAACUGAACUUUGUGGUGCUGCCCCUGUGGGUGAAGCGGGCAUUAUUGAACUGCUCAUGGAAGUUGGUGGCGAUGACAUUGUGGCUGACGAAGGCGUGAUUGAACUACUCGCUGAACUCUGGAGUGGCGACAUCGUGGUUUGA